AGUAUAGAAGCAGACAUUUCUUUUCUUUCCUAUACUGCAUAAAUAAGAGAGCAAGCUCCGGCCAUUUUGUGUCAGACAGAAACAUAAAUGUAGAGAAAUGAAAUCCUCAGACUUGGUUUUCUCAUGAAUCAGGACUAAUGACUUGUUGCAAUGUGCCAUUACAGGAGUUGGUAUCAUUUGAAGAUGUGUGUGUGGACUUCAGCUGGGAGGAGUGGAAGGACCUGGAUGAUUCUCAGAGGACCCUGUAUAGGGAUGUGAUGCUGGAGACCUACAGCAACAUGGUUUCCUUGGGGCACUCGGUUCCUAAACCUGAAGUGAUUAUUAAUCUGGAACAAGGGGCAGAGCCAUGGCUGGGAGAAACCCCAAACAAGAAUAUGACAGGUGCCCAGCAAGUAGAUGGCUCGAUUGAAAUAUGCCAGGGGAGUCCAGACACACAUCUGUUGCAAGUUGAAAUCACCACUAGCAAAAUAAUAGAGGAAAACGUUGGUUUUCUAGGUGUUAAAAAUGGAGCAAAUCUUUUUACCACAAACCAGACCCCACUGUACAGAAGGAAACUCACAGAGGAGAGAUACCCUGUGAAUACAAUGCAUGUAAUUACCAGAAGUCAGACCUCAGCAGGCUUCAGAAAACUCACGCAAGAGACAAAUCCCAUGAAUGUAACACAUGUGGAAAGUAUCUCAAGCAAAACUCAUGCCUCAGUGUGUAUCAGAGAAGACACCCAGGAGAGAAUUCUUAGGAAAGUAACACAUGUGGAAAGUCAUUCAAAUGGAAAUCAGAGCUCAGUGUACAUCAGAGAACAUAUAGAAGAGAAACCACAUGAAUGUACCACAUGUGGAAAGUCUUUAAGCCGGCUGUCAAAUCUCCGGAAACAUCAGAAAAUACACACAGGAGAGAAAUCUUAUCAAUGUAACAGAUGUGGAAAGUCUUUCUACUACAAAUCCCAGCUCAGUUUGCAUCAGAGAACACACACAGGGGAGAAACCAUAUGAAUGUAACACAUGUGGAAAAUCUUUCAGACAGAUGUCAACUCUUCACAUCCAUCAAAGCACACACACAGAAGAGAAACCAUAUGAAUGUUACACAUGUGGAAAGUUUUUCAGACACAGAUCAAAUCUCCGCCAACAUCAAAAAAUACACACAGGGGACAAACGAUAUAAAUGUAACACAUGUGGAAAGUCUUUCAGACAGAUGUCAGAACUCUGCAAACAUCAAAAAAUACACAAAGGAGAGAAACUAUAUGAAUGUUACACAUGUGGAAAGUCUUUUGUCAACAAGUCAACACUCAGAAUGCAUCAGACAGCACACACUGGUGAGAAACCUUAUGGAUGUAACACAUGUGGAAAGUCUUUCAGAUGGAUGUCAAGUCUCCACACCCAUCAAAGCACACACACAAGGGAGAAAUCUUAUGAAUGUAACACCUGUGGAAAGUUUUUUGUCACAAAGUCAACACUCAUUCGGCAUCAGACAGCACACACAGGGGAAAAACCUUAUGAGUGUAACACAUGUGGAAAAUCUUUCGGACAGAUGUCAACUCUCCACAUCCAUCAGAGCACACACACAGGGCAGAAACCUUAUGAAUGUAACACAUGUGGAAAAUCUUUCGGACAGAUGUCAAGUCUCCGCAUCCAUCAGAGCACACACACAGGGCAGAAACCUUAUGAAUGUAACACAUGUGGAAAAUCUUUCGGACAGAUGUCAACUCUCCACAUCCAUCAGAGCACACACAAACAAGAGAAACCUUAUGAAUGUAACACAUGUGGAAAGUCUUUCAGACAAAUGUCUAUUCUCCGCAUCCAUCAGAGCACGCAUACAGGGGAGAAACCUUAUGAAUGUAACACAUGUGAAAAGUCUUUCAGAUGGAUGUCAAAUCUCCGAAACCACCAGAGAACACACACGGGAGAGAAACCCUAUGAAUGUAACACAUGUGGAAAGUCUUUCACAGAAAUGGCAAAUCUCCGCAGGCAUCAGAGCACACACACAGGAGAGAAACCAUACAAAUGUAACACAUGUUCAAAGUCUUUUGUCACCAAGUCAACACUCAUUCGGCAUCAGACAACACACACAGGGGAGAAACCUCAUGAAUGUAACACAUGUGGAAAAUCUUUCUGUCAGAUGUCAACUCUCCGCAUCCAUCAGAGCACACACACAGGAGAGAAAUCUUAUGAAUGUAACAAGUGUGGAAAGUCUUUCAGACGGAAGUCACAUCUCCACAUCCAUCAGAGGACACACACAGGAGAGAAAUGUUACGAAUGUAAUACAUGUAGAAAGUUUUUCCUGUACAAGUCAACCCUCAGUGUUCAUCAGAGAACACACACGGGUGAGAAGCCAUAUGAAUGUGACAAAUGUGGAAAGUAUUUCAGCCAUACAUCAAGUCUCUGUAGGCAUCAGAGAAUUCACAUAUAAGAGAAACCUUAUUAACGUAAACAAUGUGGAAAGUUCAAGGAGAUUACAGCCUUCAUUAAGCAUCAGAGAGGCCAUAUGAAUAUAGGACAUGUGGAAAGUAUUUCAGACAUAUCAAAUCUCUGCAUGCAUCAGAUCACACACAAGUGAAAUCUUAGGAAUGGAACAAAUGUGGAAAGUCUUUCCCCUACAGUUAGACCUCAAUGUUCAUCAAACAACACACACAGGAAAGAAACUAUGAAUGUAACAAUUGUGGAAAGUCUUUCACCAAGUCAAAUCAGAGUUUAUACAGAAGAGAAAUCAACACCAAAUCAGAUAGAUGGAAAUGAAGAUUCUAAGAACUUUGAUUUGGGCCACCCUGGACCCAUGCAUCUCCCUCAUAGAACAUUAAAUGUUGGAGAGGUUAAUGUUGAACAGCAUACUUUGGAAAGCACUCUACCACUUGAACCCCAGGGCCACUUCUGGCUUUUUGUUUU